AUGGAGAGGCUAUUUCCUGAUGAUCAAUUAUUCAAUUUAAUGUUGGGGGAAUUUCCUGCCAAUUUUACUGAUAGGAACGGUUUUGGAAUAGAACCACCUCAUAGCCUUAUUAAUAAUUAUACUACGCAAGAGUUUAACGCAAUUCGAAGCAACGUCAUUAAAAUGAAUAACGAUUCUCAAUUAUCAACGUUAUUACGGUUUCAUGUUGAACAACAUAAACGAAAACGUUUAGAAUUUUAUAAUUCUAUUAGGAAUGAAUACGGUGAUGCUGAAAAGGAAAUCAAAGCAAGGCAUGAUGAAUUGGAAUUAUUGAAGUUAUGUGGGUUUGAUGAAAACAUUGAUAGACUAAUCAAUGAAGAUGAUGAAUUAAUUAUGAAAGAAGGUAAAAUGGUUAAAGAAAGUAUGAAUAAUAAACUGGAAGCUGCUGAAAUUCUAGAGUAUGAUAAAAAAGUCUAUGGAGAUUAUUGUUCAAAAUCUGAAAUGUAUUAUAAUCAACUUCAAUUAGAUCAUGAAUUGAUAAAAGUAUCUCAACAAAGGCAACAUGAAAGAUUAAAGAAGUUACAUUCUUUUAUUUUGGGUAAAGUAGAACCCCCUCAAUCUACCAGUCCAGUAACUUCUGUUAGUGAUAAUCCUCUUUGUAUGAAACCUAGUAAUGAGAAAGGUGACCAACAGAAUUCAAUCGCUGAACAACCAUCCAAAAUCAUUGGUGAUCAAGAUGAUGUUACUAUUUUAGACACUUCGAUUAAAAACAAUGAUGAUUCUGUUCAACCCGAUAUAUUAUCAAAGCAAUUCAAAGCAUUCAAGUUUAAUCAAAAAAAAUUCGCUGCAAAAAAAGAUAUUCUUUCUAUGGAAUGCAUUUCUGGAAAGCAAACUACGCAACCUUCAGAUUUGUCAAGUUCAUUACAAUCAAAUCAACUAGAGAGCAAACUCUCAAAUUUUGAUGAUAGACAUUUACCAACUUCUCCUUCAAGUUCUACAUCUUGGGGUGGUCGAUCUAAGUAUUCAUAUUACAGUUCAAGAUCGAAACCUAUCAUGGAGAGAAACGUUGAUUAUCCAAGUUAUUCAAAUCAUUAUUACAGGAGACCAAUUAUUAAACCUCGACCAUAUAGAAAAAUACGACCAUAUGAUAACAGAUAUCAUCGAGUGUUUCCACCUUUUCGUAGUGAAAUAAAGAGUUUUAAUCCUACAUAUUCUCACAAAGUUUGGAAAAAUGAUUAUACAUAUUCAAAAUUUUCUGAUUCAUCUCCAAAAUUUUCUGAUUCAUCUCCAAAGUUUUCUGAUCUAUCUUCAAAAUUUCCCGAUCCUCCUCUAAAAUAUUCCGAUCCAUCUUCAAAAUAUUCCGAUCCAUCUUCAAAAUUUUCCGAUCCAUCUCCAAAAUAUUCCGAUCGUUAUAUCAGAGACAAAGAUUCUAUUUCUGUGGGCGAUAGUUCAACUCAACACACGGAUCGAUUUUCGGCGUCGUCAUCAUCUUUUAUAAAUAAUUUACCAAAUUCUGAAUCAACUCUACCUGAAUCUUCACAUCAAUCUUCUAACAAUCCUAAUCUUAUCUCGAAAUCCAGAUCGGGUACGGAUAUAGAUCCCAUGGAACUUGAUAAUAAUCAACAAAACACUACUCCUGCUUCUUCUACUACGUUAACAAAUCAUUCUACAACUUCCAAUAAUAAUACCGAUAAAAAACAAUUUUCUCUGGAUAUAUCUUCAUUCAUUCCAUCAGAAGCAAUGAGUUUAUUGGAUGACAAGAUGUCAAUUAAUGGUGACAAUGGUGAUAGUGGAUUAAAUACUAUUCAAAAGAAUUCCAUGGAAAAUAAAUUUACAAAAAGUUUAUCAUAUGAGGAUCAAUACAAACAUGAUUAUAAAUCAAGGGAUAAUAUAGGAUUUUAUAGCUAUAAUUAUAGAAAAUAUAAAUAUGAUGAUACAAGACCACCAAUAGAUGAUUAUCGCAUGCAUAAGCCUGGAAGUUUUAUUCCAACUCGACGUCAUAGUUAUUUUCCCAGAGAUAAAUAUAAGAAUGUGGGAACUCGAUUUUAUGAUGAGCAUAAUAGAAGAUUUAGUAGUAAUGAUCAUCCUAUAUAUUACCAUGAGAAUUAUCAAAGGGAUACUGAUUAUCAAAGAAAUCCAAGGUAUCAUCAAAGAAAUAUUGAUUAUCUUCGAGAUGAUAAACCUUUAAGAAGUGAUAGUUAUGAUAGUAAUUUCAAUAAUGGUGAAAAAAGAGCCAAUAUUCAACAAGAUUAUUCUCCUCGAAAUAAUAGACAUGAUUCACAUCAUAUGGCUUCUGAUAUAAAGGGAAAUUUCGAUAUUAAUAGAUAUCAUCAUUCACAAAUUCAUAGAGUUUAUAACCCAA